ACUCGUGUGAGGUCGGUCCGAAUAUCCAACUACCCAAGCCCGUCUGAAACCUGAAAGGUAGUCGGCUAAUCUCGCGCUUUCUCUUUCUCUCUUUUUUCGGAAGAAAUACAUUUUGCUGAAUUGCGCUCGUUCUCAGCGCAAGCAGCACCAUCUUCAUCAUUCUUCCAUUACCGAGUAACAAUUGAUUAAAAGAAGGUAAUUACAUUAGCCCUCUUCUGGAAUUCCAUGAUUCUUGAGUUGACUCGGAACUGAGUUGAGUGAAAUCGAAGCAUCAAUGAGUAGCAACUCGGAAGUUGAAUCUACAAACGCUCCAAGUGGAGCACCACCAAUACAAAAACCCCAAAUACAAACCAUUCACCUUCCUACCGCUGAAGAAGUUCAUGGCCAAGACAUCUGGAAUAACUGCGCUGUUCGCAGUGUCGUCAGUGGUGUAAUGGGAGGUGGGCUUGGGGUGAUGAUGGGGAUAUUUUUUGCGGCAUUGGAUAAUCCCAUCAUGCAAGAUACAAUGACAGCUAGGCAGCAAAUUGCUUAUACAGCAAAACAGAUGGGUCAAAGGAGUUGGGGUAAUUGCAAGACAUUUGCAUUGAUGGGCUGUGUUUUCUCAGCUGCGGAAUGUGUUGUUGAAAAGUAUCGAGCGAAACAUGACACUACAAAUACAGUGAUCGCUGGAUGUGUGACUGGAGGUGCAAUUUCAGCAAAAGGUGGUCCUCAAGCUGCUUGCAUUGGUUGUGCUGGCUUUGCUGCAUUUUCAGUUGCCAUAGAGAAGGUGAUGGAGAGAUAUGAAUGAUUAAACAGCAUGUUGCUGAGCAAUAUGCAUCAGAUUGCUCUGUACUAAAGGGCUAAUGCCCGGUUAGGUAGUUGCCGAUUUCUAUAGUUUGCUAUGCAUCUUAGCCUGAAUAUUCUCUUGAAAUCAUUAACAUAUAUUACUUCAUAAUUCCUAUAAUUUCUCAGCAUAUUUUUAAUGUUAUACUAAAUUAAAUUAGUGGCAUACCAAUUUUAUUUUGUAGAUGAAGGUAUUGCCCUAAGUAUUUGCUUGUGACAUUGUAUUAGUACAACUGAAAUAAAGUUUCUUGAAUGCUCACCAUAUUAAAUCA